UGUCCAAGAAAGUUGGCUUCAAGAAUCGUACUAACUCAGAGAAAGAUAAAGAUCAGACCUUUAUUUUUUUCCAGAUAUUCGAGCUACAGUUUCGACUUUUCAGAAACUCAGCGAUUAGAAUUUCGCAAGAAUUAAGAGUUUCGAAGGUUGUUUCUUGCGGGGAAGUCCAGAAUCUUGAUGGGUUUAAUUUCUUUGGUUGUUCUUGAAACUGGUUUCGAGUUUAACUUCUGAUUUUUCAAGGGAGUAGUUGUGGAGGCUAUCUGCUGAUUACUAAUCUGGAAAAUUUGAGCUGCUGGAAAUUUCUGAAAUGGCUGGGACAAGUGUUGACUCUACAGAGGGCAGACUUGAAGGAUGUGACAAUGGAGCACGAUGCGUAGAUUCGAGCGAGUCGGUUCCAGUUCGGAUGGUAAUUGUAUCACACAUGCUUCCUGUAAAAGCAGAGCAAAGAGAUGAUGGAAAUUGGAGUUUCAGUUGGGAUGAGGAUUCUUUGCUUUUCCAGAUGAAGGAUGGUUUUCCACAACAGAUGGUCGUUUUUUACAUCGGAUGUCUGAGUUUGACAGUCGAAAUUCAUGAAGACAAACAACACGAGGUGUCCAAGACAUUGCUAGAAGAAUUCAACUGCUUUCCUACAUUUUUGCCUCGUGAAAUCUUGGACAAGUUUUACCAUUGUUUCUGCAAGAGGUAUCUGUGGUCUCUUUUCCAUGACAUGUUGCCUUUCUCUGUUGAGCACUCAGAUCGGCCUUCGUGGGAUGCGUAUGUUUCAGCGAAUAUGUCGUUUUCGAAAAGAGUGAUGGAAGUAGCUAACCCAGAACAAGAUUAUAUUUGGAUCCACGAUUACCAUUUAAUGCUGCUUCCGUGCUUCUUAAGAGAGAGCUUCAUCCGGAUGAAGCUAGGAUUUUUUCUUCACACCCCAUUUCCUCCAUCUGAUAUCUACCUAGCUCUUUCUGUAAGAGAAGAAAUACUCACGUCUUUGCUGAACUGUGAUGUCAUCGGGUUCCACACGUAUGAUUACGCUCGACAUUUCCUUUCGUGUUGCAGCCGAAUUCUGGGCCUAGAACAUAAGCUAGAGAAAGGCUUCCUUGAAUUGGAGUACUAUGGAAGGACUGUCAGGAUAAAAGUUAUGCCAGUUGGGAUUCAUAUGGGCAGAAUUGAGUCAAUGAUGAAAAGGGUAGAAGAGGAUUCUCAGGUAGAGACUGUUAUUAAAGAUUACAUUACUGGAAAGACGCUCAUUUUAGGCAUAGAUGAUGUCGACGUUUUCAAGGGUAUCGAUUUAAAAUUUCUUGCAAUGGAACACAUGCUAAUAGAGCGUCCUUAUGUGCGGGGAACAGUCGUAUUAGUCCAGAUAAUGAACCCUGCCAGAGGGAAAGGGAUAUAUCAUGAUCAAAUACUAGCUACGAUAAGGGAAACCACCGAAAGAAUAAACAAAGAAUUCGAGCAGCCAAAUUACCAACCAAUCGUUCUCCUUGAAUGUCCAGUUAGCACCAAAGAGAAGUUCUACUGUUAUAGCAUGGCCGAGUGCCUUGUUGUUACACCUUUAACGGAUGGGAUGAAUCUUUAUCCUUAUGAAUACAUUGCCUCUAGACAGCAUCAGGCCAGAAAGAGCAUGUUAGUGAUAUCAGAAUCUAUGGGGUGUUCUUUAUCACUGAGCGGAGCACUGCGUGUCAAUCCAUGGAAUAUCAGAGAAAUUGCCGAGAAAAUAUACGAAGCAAUUUCAAUGUAUGAUUCAGAAAAACAGUCACGACAUACGAAGCAUUUUGAGUAUAUUAGCAACCAUGAUGUGGUUCACUGGUCAGCAAGUUUCUUUGAAGACAUGAAGAGAACUUGGGAUGAACAAUGCCACAGGAUAUUCUGGGGAGUUAAUCAAGGAUUUCACUUCAGGGUUUUGUCUACUGAUCUCAUUUCUGAAAGGCUUCCAUUAAAUACCAUGGAAUUAGACUACAGAAAGGCAAAGACAAGGGCCAUUCUUUUGGACUAUGAUAGCACAUUUAUUCCCCCAUACUCUGCGGAUAAGUCUCCAAGUGAGCGUAUUAUCUCAGCCCUCAACGAUCUUUGUGCAGAUAGUCUGAAUCAAGUUGUAGUUGUUAGCGGAAGAGGAAGGGACAGCUUGAACAAGUGGUUCAAGUCUUGCAAAAAUCUUGUAAUAGCAGCAGAACAUGGAUUCUUCUUGAGGUUUCCAGGAAAUGAAGAGUGGGAAACCAUUGGUCAGAAUUUGGAUUUGAGUUGGAUGGAGUUAGCAGAACGCACCAUGGAAUCAUAUACUGCUGCUACAGACGGUUCUUUCAUCGAAAGGGAAGAACGCUCUCUGGUGUGGAACUAUCAAAAUGCAGACCCACGAUUUGGAUCUCUCCAAGCUAUUGAGCUUGUGGAUAAUCUAUCAGAUGUUUUGGCCAAUGAUCCUGUUAGUAUCAAGAGUGGAAAUUACGUUGUGGAAGCAAAAUCUCAGGGAGUCAACAAAGGCACAGUUGCAAAGAUGAUCCUCGAAUCCAUGGCAAAGAAAGAAGCGAAAGGGGACGAGUUUAUCAUGUGCAUAGGCGAUGACAAAUUUGAUGACGACAUGUUUGAAAUCCUUAAUGCAGCAACAGUAGAAGGCAAACUUUCAUCCCGCAGUCCAGUUUUCAUAUGUACUAUUAAUGAAAAUCCAACCAAGGCCAAAUAUUAUUUGAAAGGCACAAAUGAAGUGAUGGACGUUCUUGAACUUUUGGCUUUAGCAUCCAAGUAGCUUCUUCCUUCAAAUUGGCAAGUUUUUUACCCUUUUUUGGCAGAAGAUGAGCUUGAGCUCUGAUUAGAAGGCAACCAUGGAGUUUUCAUACUCCAUAGAAUGGAAGGCAGAGUAGCAUGAUUUAAAAAGCUACCAUAUUGUGAAUUGUAAAGACCUAAAAAGUGAGGGACAAUAGAUUUAGUUUCAGACUGUUGUAGGAUCAAAAAACAUACUGUAUUGUUCUUUUUCGAAAAUUUCAUUGAAAUAUAUGUUUACUUCUUCGAUACUGCA